UACCUUGACAAUGCACCGACUUGGAGGCGUCGGUAUCGCAGCAUUCGACCGCCAGCAACAGUCUCAGCGCUCUUUUGCCGAACUGUCCAGCGAAAUCUCGCAAGGACAAGUCGACUUGCUCCACGCUCAGCUCGCCCAGUUCCGCAGCGCCCUCGCGCACUACGCUUCUACACACCGCGACCGCAUCCGCAAGGAGCCUUCCUUUAGGCAUGCAUUCCAGCAAAUGUGCACCACCAUCGGCGUGGACCCGCUCGCCGGCCCCCGGAAGGGCGGAUGGUGGGCCGAGAUGCUGAACCUCGGCGACUGGCAAUACGAGCUCGGCGUGCAGAUCGUCGACGUCUGCGUCAGCACGCGGGAACGGAACGGGGGCCUAAUUGAGAUGGGUGAGCUCAUCCGGAUGGUCAGCAAGCUGCGCGGCGUCGGCGGAGACGUGAUCACGGAGGAGGACGUCAUGCGGAGCAUCAAGACUUUGAAGCCGCUCAACGCGGGCUACGAGGUUAUCGACGUCGGUGGUGGGAAGAAGAUGGUGCGCAGCGUGCCAAAGGAGCUGGACGCGGACCAGGCGGUUGUGCUCGCGGUCGCCCAGGAAGAUGGCGGACGCGUGUCGGAGGCUGCACUCAUGUCGCGCAGGGGAUGGGCGCAGGACCGCGCUCGAGCCGCACUCUCGAACAUGCUGCUACGCGACGGCCUUUGCUGGCUGGACGAGCAAGACGAGCUCUAUGGCGUUUCUUACUGGGUGCCGUCGGCGAUGCGGUGGGACGAGUAGAGCUAUGGACCUCAUAAAUGUAUACGCUGUACUAUUAGAUGGUUGUAGCAAUAUCGGAUACUCGCGUGGAUCAUCUACGUGGCCAAGGCCG